AUGGCAACUAGCCCUCGCCAGAUCACGGUUGAGAAUCAUUCGGGGUCAACUCAAAGCUAUCUCUUCUUCAGCGAAGCACUGGAACCCUCAAGCUCUGCCAGCAAAGCCCUCAGUAGCCUCUGGGUCAUGUCUCCUUACGUGGUUUCCACAAACCAUGACCACGCCCAUCCCGACGAUCAUGUCGGCGACUCUGUCACCAAUGGUACGGCCACGAAGUCAGCCCGCAGCGGCGAGACCGUCACCUGGUCCAGCGCGGCAAAUAUGGAGACGUUCAGCGCCGAAAAGCUCCGCAUUCACUAUUACGGACUCGACAAGCCAGUCGCCACGCACCCUGUCGAUUUGGGUGCCGUGGGGGAUGAGCCCGCCGUGGCAGGCGAGGGGAGCCCUAAAGACAAGUAUUUCAUUGGGACGGGAUGCCACGAUGGCACCGAUCUGCCUGUUGACACCAGCGCCUUGGAAAAUGGUCCUGAGGUCGACUUUGCCCAGGCCGCGAGCGGCCAGACGGUCGCCGUCAUCAAGCACUACAGCGAUGGAACGUUUUCGCAUCCAAUAUGCCACUACCCUGACGACGCGUUGGCUUGA